AGCCAGAGCCAGAGCUCAAACUCGAACCCCAACUCAAAACCCGUCGCCAAACUCAAGAGCAACUCUCCCCAGGUCAACAAUGAUUGACUGAAACCCAAAUAACCAGAUCUAUAAAAGUGAAAAUGUGCGAAAAAUCAAAGAUGUUGACGGCAUUUAACGCCAGCAAUUAAAACCAAACCCAAAAAACAAGACAAGCAGACCGCACCCGCAGAAGACAGGGGGUCCGGUCCCCCUCUUGGACAGUGUCCGGCUGUCAGUUGGUCCAACAGUUCAUCAAUAAACGAUACGACUUCCGUUUCCUUGCGUGCUUUACCUGUGCUUGUCCUUCGCCCUCUCUGUGCAUGUGUGUGUGUGUGUGUGUGUGCGUGUCGAAGGAAACUUUCCAACUUCCGGCCAAGUGACUUCGAUUUAAUUUCUUUGGCUUUUUUAUGGUCAAGGCAUUUAAUUAAUUUUACUAUGGCAAUUUGAGCGUCUGCUCUUGCCUGUUCUGGUCAGUCCCGAACUCCCAACUGAACUCUGACCUCCCCGGCCCAACACACACUAAAAGGUAGCAGCAGCAGCAGCAGCAGAAGGCGCCGGCGGCGUAGCCACACCCAUUUGGAAAUACAGCAGCCAGCAAUUGAAAUGUAAAGCGAACUGAAGAUGAAGCCGAUCAUCAACGUACUGUGAUAGACGAGUAUACGAGCAGCAAAUCUCACUGGGAUUCUGCCCCGGACACGAUUCUCGAUUCAAUCAAAUUGAAUUCGGAAUUGGACAUUGAUUGGACGAUUGGAUCUUUGCUAUUCAAGCGGGCUACUAGCAAAAGGCGACAAACUGUCGACUCUAUCCAUACGCAACUUCUCGGCAAACAUGCUGAACAAUCUUGGGGCCAAUGUGCUGGGCCCCAAGGAUUGUGAUCUGCCCAAGGCCGCACUGACGGCGCUGCACGCGGGCGUGAACAGCUUCGGCCAGCUGCCCGGUGCUCCGAAUCUGGCCGAUCUCGGUGGCGCGGGUGGUGGUGGCGUUGGACUGCCUGUCGGAGGGGGCGUGGCACGCCUACACAUCUCCGGCGGACUGUGCGACAACACGAACCAAAGCGGCAACAACAGCAGCGGUGGCGGCGGCGGCGGCGGCGGCGGAGGUGGCAGCGGCAACAGCAACAUGCAGCAGCAGGAUCAGCUCCUGGACAAAAACAAACAGAAGAGACACCGCACGCGCUUCACUCCGGCCCAACUGAACGAGCUGGAGCGGUGCUUCUCGAAGACCCACUACCCGGACAUCUUUAUGCGCGAGGAGAUCGCCAUGCGCAUCGGCCUCACCGAGUCCCGUGUCCAGGUGUGGUUCCAGAACCGUCGCGCCAAGUGGAAGAAGCGCAAGAAGACCACCAAUGUCUUCCGCACUCCGGGCGCCCUGCUGCCCUCGCACGGACUACCGCCCUUUGGGGCCAACAUUACGAACAUCGCGAUGGGCGAUGGUCUCUGCGGCACCGGAAUGUUUGGCGGCGACCGCUGGAGUGUGGGCGUCAAUCCCAUGACGGCAGGCUUUGGCCAGCUGAAUCAGUCGUCGCCGCUCUCUUCCUCGCUGAACAGCGGCCUCAACUCGGGCAUUAACAUGGGCUCCGCCCUGGGGGCGGGCAGCUAUCAGCACUACGGCCUCAAUGCUUUGGGCGACUCCAUGAUGUACCAGCACAGUGUGGGCGGGGUAGCCUGCGGGCCGAGCGGCUCCCCGAGCGCCACAACGCCGCCGAACAUGAACAGUUGCUCCUCGGUGACCCCACCGCCCAUCUCCACGCAGCCAAACGCCAGUCAGAAUGAGCUGAGUGGCGAGCCCAUGCAAUCUCACCAACAGCAACAGCAGCAGCAAACUCACCAACAACAGCAGCAGCAGCAGCAAACUCACCAACAGCAGCAGAUGGCUCCGCCGACGCCAUCGCAGCAGCAGCAGCAGCAACAGCAGGAAGGACUCCAUUGCCACCAGUCGAUGCAGUCGCCCACCGACGGAGCCACCGACGAGGACGUGUGGCGAGGACACAGCAUUGCAGCGCUGCGGCGGCGAGCCUCGGAACUAAAUGCCACAGCCAUCCCAUCCUACUUGCACCACGCCGCAGCCGCCCACAACAACUACGAGCACCACAAUUCGGUGUACUGAAAUUUGUUGAAAAGCUUUGAAAGCUUUUCGGAUUACGGUUUUACCAACUGCGGCAACCACGACUUCUAGGGUGCCACUGGCAAUGGGAGCGGAGCGUUAUAAGAUAACCAAAACAACCUAUGUUUAGAGUAUUGUACAAUUGAUGUGUUUUCGUUGUUUGUUUCCGAUUUCUUGGAUGACCGACCGGGGAGGAUCCCAUCCCUCUCCGGGCAGAGAGUGUAUUUUAGACUUAAAAGACUAUAAUGAAUGUAAACGAUGUAUACGAGAAACAAAGCUUGAGACGGCGGCAACCUAAGAGGAACCCAAGUUGUUGAACACCCACGAUUAUACGAGUACUAUGUAGGUAGAAGGAAAACUAGUAUAUCUCUAUGAAUGUAUUCCAAAACAAAAUAGAGCCAUAAGCACACGCACAUCCCAUCCACACGGACACUAUCCCUACUCGUAUUCCAGCAUAUACAAUACAUACAAAUAUCUAGACACUAAAUAUAAAUAACAUUUAUUGUGCGAGUAUAUGAAAAAUGUAAAAAUUAUAUUGCGGACUAGAGAGCGUUCCUAUCCUCGAUGCGUCGUCUCACGUACCGCGUCACGUCACAAUAAUUUUUCGGCAAGGGGAACUUCUCUCCGAGUUCUCCGCUUAGUUCUUAGUGAUUAGUUCGUAUAUCGUACUUAGGCACACUUAUUCUAGUAGGAGUGAGUGUAUGUAAGUAGAGCUAUGUAUACUUUUGUAAGUGUUGUUGUUUUUGUGUAUAGGCAGUGUUCUGUUCUGUUCUGUUCCGUUCCGUUGCUAUCACUUGAUCUAACCAUACGAUACCAGCAUAUGCAAUAUAAAAUGAAAGGAAAUAAAAGCCAAACUAUAGGAAAAUACUGUCUGUCUGUCUGUCAGUCUGUCUGCCAGUUUGUGGCAGUCAGACCAGACGCCACGCCACGCCACGCCACGCGGCUCAAUUCUGAAUCUGAAUCUGAAUCUGAAUCUGUUUCAGAGUGCACAUUCAUUCAACGGAUUACUUUUACGAUUACCAAUUACAAAUUACAAAUUAUACAACUACAAAACAUAUAUAUAUAAAUACGUGUACGUGCAUACGAUUAUUGCAUACUUGUAAUAGACUUUCUUGUAUCGAAUAAGCCUAACUUUAAAUCCAACUAAA